CUAAUAUUCUAAUGAAUGUUGUCUUUUUUUUAUGUCUUCUGUUUUUCUGUUCAUUUUCGCUACGCUUUAUAUUGUCCACUAUUUGUGUGUGCGUGCUCUUCACAUGUACAUGUACGCACAUCCCUUUUACACUCUUUUUAUAAAUUGAAAAAGUUCAUUUGAAUUCGAGCGGUAGCAAAAGGCAAGUCGUUGCGUCUCCUACGAUGACAAAUACAGCUGUAAAUGAGACAGAAUUUGAACCAGAGCGACGUCAGCAUGUACCGUACAUCCUCAACGGAGAACUUUAUCGCAUCCAAAGUCAGGAGGGGGAUAAUGUAAAGGUUGUUUGUUGUUUUUGUCCCCCGGAUAAAAUAUAUCGGGGUAGUGUGCGUUCCACAGGCAACUUCCACAUGCAUAUUAAGCGCCGCCAUACAGCCCUACUUGGUAAGUUACACGAGAUGAAAGUUGCUGCACUAUUAGAACGACGUGAUCGCAUUAUGAAAAAUCGUCGUUUUGCCAAAAACCGCAAAAAGCCUACACCAAUAAGUUUGGAGGACCUUUCGCCGACAUCUACUCAUAAGGCGGACAGUAACAAGUGUCAGUUGAAGAUUAAAACUGUUUUUCAACGUCACAAACUGGAACAUAACGAACAGCAAGGGCAAAUUCAAGAAGCAAGAUCUGUAAUUUCCCGUUGUACCUCACCUUCAAAUGCAAGCAAAUCCCCGAAGCUCGUGCCACAGGAUUUAUAUAAAUUACGCAAUCAAGAUACCAGCAUGGUGGCACCGAUUACUUCAACAAAUUUACAAAAUCCACCCAUUAUCCCUGCGCCCCGUUCUGCCCUAAUUGGGCGCAUAAAACCAGAGAAUUCAAAUACCAUAACUGCUUUAUUGGAUGGCGACCAACCCGAAGCCAUGGAUCUGAGUUCCCCUAGCAGUAAACCCACGAGUUCUCCGUUUCCCAGCGCGAUUUUUGAUGGUAAAUCACAAAGCUCACGGACUCGUUCUAUGGAGGAUAUUCAAAUGCAGUUGACUCGUCCUCAGGAGUUAUCCGUUGCUCAUUUUGUGGAUCGGGAUAUAAUGUUGCGACUGGAUCGCACAUUGUGCGAUAUUAGGCAGGAGUUAAAUGCUCGAAAUGAAAUUGAGCAAAAACGUUUGCUUUUUGAGGCGGCAAAAUUCAAGUAUCUUAACCCAAGUUUUCGCUUUGAAUAAAGUGGCAACUGCCGAAAUUUAUUUUGUCUA